AUGGUCUCACUAUGGCCUUGGAAAUCAGAAGAGAAAACCUCAGCUUCCUUCGAGAGGAUACUAUCUGCUCUAGCCACGAAAAUAUCUGCAUACCAGUCGCAGUUAGACUCUUUGCGAUCGAGUAAAAGAAGAUACAAAGCACUAUGGACCCUCUAUACAAGUCUGCUUUAUUUAAUUGCUCUAGCUAUUCUGAUCUUAAUCGUAGGCUCAAAAAAUUGGACUGUGUGGGAAGGCUCGGCCCUAGCUGGAUUUCCUGUCGUUAUAUACCUAGGCCGCCGAGCUCUUACCAUAUACUAUAGCUAUCGAAUAAAUACUUUCACCUACCGUCUCGAAGAGAAACAAGCAGAGCAAUCAAGAGUGAUUGAGAAACUGAAAGAUACAACUAAGUACGACUCCACACAAAAAAUUUUGGAAAAAUACGGGUCAGUAACAGAUAAAUCUAAGAGCCUAUCCCCACGAAAGAACACCAGAUCUAGAAGCAAACAACCACAAAAUACUGCGUCGAAGAUUCCACCAACAGCAAACAUUCCGAGAUCUAUUUGGAGUUCAAAUCAGUUUAUUGCACCCAAACUAGCUGUAGAAAAAACAAUAAAAAGUAAAACAGCACAUAACGAGCCACCUCCACUUGAAAAUAAAUGGAGUCCAAAUCUGGCUGUUCCUGGACCACCGGAAUUCGCCCCUAACGCAUUCAACACUCCCUUGGAAUAUCCUCAUGAGAGCGAAAAAUCUAUGCAAGGUCAUUGGUAUGAUCGGAUUCUUGACUUACUCCUUGGUGAAGAUGAAAUGCUACCCAAGAAUAGAGUAGCGCUAAUUUGUCACUCAUGUCGGCUAGUGAAUGGACAAGCACCUCCUGGGACAAAAGAAAUAUCAGACCUAGGAAAGUGGGUAUGUCAUGGUUGUGGGGCAGUAAAUGGAGAUGAGAAAGUUAAAAACGCUGGCAAAGAUUUAGAAGGCAGUAAUUUAGUCAACGAUGCCGCUGAAGAGGGGGAAAGCUCAGAGGAGUCGUCCAUCAGCUGUCACCAAAACUCGAUUUCCGAUGACGAACAGUAUGGUUCGGAAAACAACAAGGGUAGUGGAACUUACAAUCAAGAAAAAAAAAGACGGCCUAAACUCGAAAAUCCUGAGCUGUAG